AUAUCGAUAUAUAUAUCUAAUAUCUCCACCUCUCUCUUUGAUUAUAUAUUGUUGUUGUUCUAAACUUGCUAGCUAGGGUUUCUGAUCAAUGAGGAAGCCUUGUUAUGAGAAGAAUGAGAUAAACAAAGGAGCAUGGUCUAAGCAAGAAGAUCAGAAACUCGUUGACUACAUCCAGAAACAUGGCGAAGGUUGUUGGAAUGCUCUUCCUAAGGCUGCAGGGUUGAGUCGGUGUGGUAAAAGUUGUCGACUGAGGUGGAUAAACUAUCUAAGGCCAGAUCUUAAACGCGAAAGUAUUCGAGAAGAUGAAGAGGACCUCAUCAUCAGGCUUCAUGCGCUCCUUGGGAAUAGGUGGUCACUGAUAGCCGGAAGACUGCCGGGAAGGACGGACAAUGAGGUGAAGAAUUACUGGAACACUCAUAUAAGGAAAAAGUUAUUAAAGAUGGGAAGAACUCUUGAUCCCAAAAAACCCCAUCACCACAAUGAUCCUCACUUGAGAAGAGGCACUACUGCUAGUGUGCCACUACUGCAGCCUUGUACCAGUACACCAAUAUCAUUUGCGUUGCCGUCGGAUUCCAUGAGUACUGGUGCUGAAAUUCACAGCAACAAAAGCGGGUUGCCCGACCUGAAUCUCGACCUCUCACUCUAAUUGUUUGUGGAAGGGAGGCAGAAAAGUACAUGAUAUAUCUAGACUUGAACAAAAAAGUAUCAUAUAACUAUAGUGUCUAGUUUAAGUAUAUACACCCCACCAUCUCCAGGGCUUCUUUUAGACAAUGGUGCUUGGGUACGUGGGUUUGGCUUUAAAUAUGACUAGUCUGGUCGACUAGUAUAAAGGUGUGUACGUAAUUAAUUUGGACAUAGCUAGUUAUCACUGUGUGUACAAUUGGAAAUUUGGCAAAAGAAAAGAAAUAAAAGUAAUUUGGCA